UAGCAUCUCCCAUCACUACUUCUGCACUGUGUUUAAUUUGUAUUGUACAUUUUUUCGAUGGUGGGCUCCAAUUUCGGAAUUAUUUACCACAACAGCGCCGGUGGCGCGAGCAGUCAUGGACAAUCCUCAGGAGGCGGAGGAGAUCGGGAUCGGACCACACCAUCCUCGCAUCUCAGCGACUUCAUGUCGCAGCUGGAGGAUUAUACUCCAUUGAUUCCGGAUGCGGUCACCUCGCACUAUCUCAACAUGGGAGGCUUCCAGUCGGACGACAAGCGGAUCGUUCGUCUGAUCAGCCUCGCCGCCCAGAAGUACAUGUCCGACAUCAUCGACGAUGCACUGCAGCACUCCAAGGCGCGCACCCAUAUGCAAACCACCAAUACACCGGGAGGAUCUAAGGCCAAGGACCGCAAGUUCACCCUGACCAUGGAGGACCUGCAGCCGGCUUUGGCCGACUACGGCAUUAAUGUCAGGAAAGUGGACUAUAGCCAGUAGUUAAUGGCAUACUAAGCAUUGUGUUAGUCCUAGUAGUUUUUUUCUCAUUAAAAGGAAUGUAUCUUAAACAUA